AUUCUAUCUCUCAUAAUCUUACCCUCUAUUGUUCAGGCCUAUAGCCCGAGUGACUUGGAUAAGGUAGCUGCCAAGAUGCUCCAUUUGCGAAAUCCACAGAUGCUGCAGAUGUUGGAGAAGUCCUUAAGGAAACACCUUCCUGAGUCUUUAAAGGUUUAUGGGACUGUCUUCCACAUGAACCAGGGAAACCCAUUCAAACUCAAGGCUCUAGUGGACAAGUGGCCUGACUUUAAAACAGUAAUUGUCCGUCCUCAAGAGGAGGAGAUGGCAGAUGACCUUGAUCCCCAUACCAACACUUACCAGCUCUAUUCUAAGGAUCCUAAGAACUGCUUGGAAUUCCUUGGCACACCAGAGGCUAUCAACUGGAAACAACAUCUGCAGAUCCAAAGUUCACAAUCCAACCUGAAUGGAGUGAUAAUGGGCCUUGCAGCUGCUAAGCUGGUCAAAGUCAAGAGAACACAGUGCGUUCUCUACAUGAUGCCCCAAACAGCAAAAAAGCUGGCUCCUUUCCUGAUGGCGGAGACAGAGAACUUACACAAUAAAUCUGGUAGACCCCGGCCCAUCAACCAAGAGAUGUUUAAACUCUCAUCACUAGAUGUUACCCAUGCUGCCUUGGUGGAUAAAUUCUGGCAUUUUGGGGGCAAUGAGAGGAGCCAGAGAUUCAUUCAGCGCUGUAUCCAGACCUUUCCUAGCUCAUGUCUUCUGGGGCCUGAAGGGACCCCUGUAUCCUGGGCUCUGAUGGACCAAACUGGAGAAAUGCGAAUGGCAGGCACUGUGCCUGAUUACCGGGCACAAGAUCCAGUAGAUGAAGCAUGGCUAGACCUCGCCACUGAGCCACCGACUUUGUUCAGUUCUCUACACUCUAGAUGCCAGCGACACUUCUAUUCAGCUACACAUUGCUAUGCUCGUGUGGAUUAUUGCCCACGGCCAGUUGUGUCAGGGCAUGGUGCUGACUUGUGAAUAGUGUAUGCUUUUCUCUCACACUCUUCCUUUGUUUAGGAGCUGGAGUGCUCUUCAUCAGCAGGUACUUCGAACUAAUUGCUUCACUGGCAGACCUUUGAUUUCUAUUUAAUAACCAUGCUAAAUAUUACAUGAAUAAAUAAAUGAUUGUAGUUGGA